AUGGAAGAAGAGCCUUCAGUCACUAUAAUAGAGAAGGGAGGAGCUUUCUGCUACUCAUAUUUUGAAGAAAAGAAAGAUGGAGAAAAAUCUAAAGGAGUUAUUUGUCAAGUUAAUGUCUCUGAAGUUUUUGAUAUUAUUGUUCCUUGUAAUGUUGUAGUAUGUGGCAGUGAAUCUACAUCUAAUUAUAUUACACACUUAUAUGAUGACCUCAAGAAGAACAAAAUUUGA